UCGCCUUAGUAACUAAGUGCAAAACAAAAAUAAACAAAUUGCCAACCCAUUUCGAAAAAUAACCCCAAAAAAUUCGUGUAAAUAAUGGCGAUUACUGAGACCUUAUAAAGCGUGUGCAAAGUUCUAAAAAGUUUUGACUAUGGCAGAAACGUAAAAAAAGCUACUCAUUUUAAAGAAAAUUAACAUUUUUGUGUUUAAAAAUGACGAUUUUUAAUAACAAUUAAAUUAAAUUGUGUAGUGUUAAUCAAAGUGUCGAAAAUGCCCGCUGAAAAAUUUUCCGUGUCGGAAAAUGUGGUCCGUUUUUUCAUGAAAAUAAGUUGUUACGUUGCCUCGAUUGACGUUUUCAAUUAAAAAUGGCUUCCGUUAUUUGUUUUCGCGCCAAAAAAUCAAUCAUGGUCGCGAAUUUGCCGGUGGUCUUCUACAUUUUCAAAAUCAAAUUGAAAUGACGUCGGAGGAAAAGGUAUCUUGGAGUUAGCGAAAAUGUAAACUGAAUAGUGUUUCUGUACUGUGUUUCUGAACAAAACUGUGUGUUUGUGUGUUUUUUAUAAAAUCGCGGUGUAUUCUGUCCUUGAAGGUACAAAACCAGAAAAAAUGUGAAAAAUGGCGCUGAAACUGAAAUAUACAGACGAACACGGAAUACUACACAUCGAUAUGAGUCCUUCCAGCAGCCCGGUCGGCUCCGACCAACCGACCGACCCGAAGUUCGACACUAUCAACAAUCGGUUCGGAAGCUACGACCUUUUUGGCGGGAAAUAUGACGACAAAGAACAAUACGACGAUACUGAAGAAACACAGUCCUUAUUCCGAAGUAGAUACAACAGCUUCGAAGCGGAGUUCGCGAAUACGCCAUACGCGUUCGCGACAGACCGUACUCACAAACCGCUAUUAGAUAUCACAAUCGACUCGCGCGCAGACGUGUCUCCUUCCAAAGACAUUGAAAACAACCGAUUCUUCGACCGAUCCGAUUUAUUCGGACCGAAAAUCGAUUUGAAAACUAGUGAUGCGUUCACUGUGACCCAUUUGAUUCACGCGCAGGAUCGAUAUUUCGAUCUUUCGACUAGGGUUGGGGAAAAGGGUGUUGUUAGGACUAUAGCGGAUAGUUUUGAAGUGAAAAGUGCGCCGAGUUCCGCGAGACGGAUCAAAAGUGUUAAGACUAGUGAUGGGGAAGCCUUCAAAGUGUUGUCGGCGGACAGUGUGAAGGGAUUCCGAGGGACUGAAGCCAAAGUGCCUGCGGUGUCGACGUCGAAGCGGAAACGUGAGACGUCGUUCGCGAUCAUCGCGGAGCCUUCCCCCUCCCGCCCCACCAGCCCGCACUCGCUGCCAGUGGAGAUAAGACCCGGGAGAGUUUCACCCUUUAAAGGUCGAGGCUUCAGAGAAGAAACCUCGCGUCACAACACACCAAAAACCUCAGCUGCCAACUCCAGAUCAAACUCACCUCCAAGAAGAACCAACUCUUUGACAAGGCUUGACAACAUGGCGCCGAUCGCCACACUACCUCCCCCCGGACCGGUCCACAGGCCUCCCAGAGACUUCCUGAAAGAGAACAUGGAAGAGAUACGAGAACUAAGCGAACUAAAUAGAGAAAAGAACGAAGCAGAAGCGGAGAAACAAAGAAGAGAAGAAGAGAUAGCGUUAUUAAAAGAAAUGGGUGUGUUGAAAAGUGUCACUAAUUCUAGGACAAACUCGCGGAGUAACUCCCCAGGUAGACUAAAUUUAAGAUCUCGAUCUAAUUCCCCAUCAGCGAUAUUACACUUCGAGAACAUUUCACGAAAUAGCACUGAAUUUCUUAAUAAAGAAGAAGCAGGACCAAGACCUGUGAUUCAUCGAUCAAGAGUACGAUCGCUAUCGAAAUCCCAACCGCAAUCAAGUAACGGUUCUCCCAUAAAUUCCAAAAUACCGAAACGCCAAAAUUCUGUCUCUCCCACGAGAAGUUCUAAACAACCUGAUAAUAAAACUUUAAAUGGCAGUCAAAAAUACAUGUCAAAUAGUACAAGCAGUAUAAAUGAAACUAUAAGAAUAGGUAGUCAAAUGCACGAUAAAAGAACUACUCAAAGUAGUCAACAGUUAAACGUUUCUCAACCUAAUGUGAAAGGUAAACCUCCAAUUUCACCUGGCAGAAGUGGACCUCCUCCUUCUAACAAGUCGAUAAAUGCAAAAAGACUGUCACCAAUAGUUGGUACGCCAAACAAAAGUCCAGUCGAUGAUUUGAAACCAGGUUCUGCGAAAACUAAUUCAAAACCUACUACAACAGCGAGAAAGUCAUUAAAAACAGCUGGCAGUACUCCUGCUGCGUCUAGAUUAAAUUCUAGACAGAUUAGCAGAACUACCAGUAGGGAAGCCAGUCCUGACAAACGUAACCCUCCAACUAAAACAGCUAAGCCUGCUGUAGGUGUUACUAAACCUCCAGUUACUAAGGCAGCACAAAAACCUCCUAUUUCAAGCAAAACAGAAUCCAAAAAACCAGUAAGCCGAACAAAUAGUGUCAAAAACUUAACUAGAGUCCCGAGUACAAAGAAUUUAAAUGAUAAACCUCCAUUAAGCAGACAAGUUAGUAAGAAAGAAUUAUCAGCCAAAUCGAAAUCUACGACUAAAUUAAACGAAAUUGUAUCUAAAACUGAUAAAGCUGCUAAAACUGGGACUAAAACUGGUGAAACUAAGAAAAAUGCUGAAGUUCAAGUUAAAGGAAAAGAAGAAGUCACUACAGCAGACGCAAACUUUGGUGACGAAUUGUCAACUCAAGAUAACGGAACUCAAUAUGAUAAAACUAAAAACGAUGAUAUGGUGAUACUUACAAAGAAAAAUAUCAUGUCUAUGACUACUGCUGCCAUUACUUCACAACCAUUGGAAGUGGUAGCUACAGUUACCAAUCAGCUACCGAGUGUUCUAGAAAAAGCUAGAGAAAAAAAUAUGCUUGAGAGGUUAAGCUCCAAAGAGUCAUUGGUAGGAAAAGAAGAGGAUAAGGUUAAUAAAGAAGCAGCAGAAGAGAAAGAAAAAGAAGAAAAAAAACCUAAACCAAAAACAGAAAGGACUAUAUUCGCUGAAGAUAACUUAAAACUUAGACCUCUACAACCUCCUUACAACAAUCCUCAGGUAGAGAGAGUAAAGCAAAAAAUAGAUACUUUACUUAAGGAGCCUGAAAUUUCUACCGAAAAUAUUUUAGUUGCUGCCGAAGCGAAAGAAACCGCUGCUAGAAGUAUAGCUGAAAAAGCUAAAUCUUCUAUAAAAGAAGCUAAACAAGAUGUUGAAAAAAUAGUAACAGAAAAAAAAGAUGAAAUUACCAAGCAAGGGGAAGAAAUGACAUCCGAAAUACGUUCUGAAGCGACUAAAAUUGUCGACAGCAUCAUAACACCUGUCGAAGAACCUGAAAAGGUUCUCGAAAAAGCGAAAGACGAGGCUAAAAAAGCUAUAGAGCCAGUAGUAAAGGUUGUAAGUGAAAAGAGGAAGGAAAUAAAAUCAGAAGUUGAGAAAAUGACUGAGACCUUGGUGCAGGGUGGACCGGAAGUAGACGUGCAGAGUUUUCAUCUGUCAACGCCCGGCGAGAAGAUGGCGCUCAAGCCUACCGGAAGUGCUUCGGAAAAAUCUCACAGCAAUGGCGGAUUCCCUCAAAGCACAGGGAAUACACCGAAGCCGCCGCCGCGUGCGCAUAGAGCAAGCAAAUCCCCCCCAACAGGGUCAGACCAAGACCCAACCCAGACCCAACCCAAACCCAACAUCUGUGUCCGGCUCAUGGGUAAAUGCAAGGCUAAAUGUUGUCCAUGCUGCAUGAAACAGGCUCAACAUUUAGAAGAAGAAAGGGAAGAUACGGAAAGAGAAGAGGGGGUGGGAGAAAAUGGGGAGAAGAAAAAGUUCUGGAAGAAAAUGAAUUGCUUUAAGAAGAAAGUUCCAGAAGAGGAGGUUGAAAUUGCCGCGGGAAAAGGCACGACAAUAGAAUUCGAAACGGAAACGAAACGAAAACGUAAACUACGCGAUGUCUUCUGCGCGUGUUGUCGUCGCCAACGCGUCGCCGACGUGUCGGAGCCGCCACUGCAUGCUGAAAUAACCCCACCUGUGACGUCAUCAGACGUGGUACAAGAGACGGGCUGCUGUGGGAAGAAGAGGGAAGCGCAAAGGCGGGACAGCAUACUGAGCGACCAGCCACCCUCCCCAUGCUGCAACAACCGUCUUUGUCGAUGGAUCAUGGGCGCAUGCAGAAGACAGUCCACAGUGGCGGAGUCUGACAGCAGACGAACCAGUCUCUUCUCCAAGAACAAGAGUCUCUCUCCCACUCUACCUCCUGAGGAUACCCGCAAGAAGUUAGAUCCAUCUCUCAUCGAGCACACGAGCGUGAUGCGCGGUGCUAUCCCUGUCCUACCGACCGUGCUAGCCUACUUCUGUUUGUUCUGCAACAUUGUCGUUCCUGGCUUGGGCACAAUCUUCAGCGGUAUGUUUUGCCUCUGUUUUGGGAUUCCCCGAUUCGGUGUGCACGACGGAGCCAAACACAGGAUAGGUUCCUUCAUCAUCAACCUGGUGGUGGGAGUGGGACAGCUGUUCACGGUGCUGUUCUGCCUCGUGGGCUGGGGCUGGAGCAUCUGGUGGGGCUACAUCAUGGUCAACACUUCCCGUAAAUACAAGAAACUGAAAGCAGAUGCGGCCGCGGAGGAGGCCGAAGCGCCUCCCGUGACGAACAACAACCACACGCGCGCGUAGCAGAGGACCUAAGCCGUAAUAUACACGGUGUAACCACAACGCUCGCAAAAACGAACACAGGUGAUAAUACCAUGAUACCAUGAAAAACUACGAGCAAAAAUAAAAAAAUCCUGUAUUUUUUAAAAGUACACAAUAUUUU